CGAGCAAACUUCAGUCUGCCUUUUGAAAACUAAAGCGUCCAAGUUUUAAAAGAAAAGUCAAAAUGAAGGGUUUCGCCAUUUUUGCACUCUGCAUUGUUGCCGCGUCGGCUGGCGUCGUUACACACGAAGGAUGCGGUGGGGCCGGGCAGGUGAGCCAAGUUCGAAUUAGCGAUUGCGAAGGAGCCGUGGCCGAAAUGAGGCAAGGCGUCGAAUACUCCGUGGAGGCGGACGUUAUUCCUGCCGCCGCCUCAGCCGGGCUGCAUCUCAAGGUCACCGUGAUCUUCAUGGGCAACACGAUCCCCAUCAUUGACGCCGUCGUACCCAACUCGGCCGUCCAACCGGGAACUCUGUACACGUUGCAGUGGUCCAUCACCCCUGGCGCCAUCCCGGUCGGUAACACGGUUCCCGUCACGUCCGAAAUCUCCGAUGCGGCGUCCGCUACCGUCCUAAUGUGCGCUAGGAUCACGGCCAGAAUUAUUUAAAUUUAUAAUUUUAACGGCAUAUACUAAAAACUAGUAAAUUUAUCAGAUGUAAAAUUGGUUUACUCGAUUUGAAUAAAAUAAGUAUGUCGAACUUGGUAAAAUCAUGGCUUA